GUGGAAACUUCCCAGAGUGCCUCUGAGCGCCCCGGCCCCGCCCCUUCUCAGUCCCCGCCCCUCCGGGGCCCCGCCCCUCCAGGGCCGCCCCGCCCACCCGGCCGGCCGCCGUGUCAGCUGUCCGUGGCCAUGGCCGCGCCCGCGGACACGCGGCGCCUGUGCCGCCUGGUGCAACAGGGCCGGCUGGACGCCCUGCGGGAGGCGCUGGGGGGCGCGGCCAUGGCCCCGGCAGCCCCGCUCCUGCUGCACUGCGCCGCCCGCCACGGCCGCCUGCACGUGCUGGCCUUCCUGGCCGAGGCCGCCGGGCUGGACAUCGAGGCCGCCGACCGCGACUCCAAGAGGCCCCUGCACGAGGCCGCCGCCGCGGGCCACCGGGACUGCGUGCGCUACCUGCUGACCCGGGGCGCCGCCGUGGACAGCCUGAAGAGGGCCGACUGGACCCCUCUGAUGCUGGCGUGCGCCAAGAGAAGCCUCGAGGUGAUCCAGGAACUUGUGGAGAAUGGUGCGGAUCCUCUGCUGAAGAACAAGGAUGGCUGGAACAGCUUCCACAUCGCCAGCCGGGAAGGAGACCCCCUGAUCCUCCAGUACUUGCUCGACGUUUGCCCCAGCGCCUGGAAGACGGAGAGUAAGAUUCAGAGGACACCGCUGCACACCGCGGCAAUGCAUGGCCGUUUAGAGGCGGUAAAGCUGCUUCUUCAGAGGUGCCAGUACGAGCCUGACUGCAGAGACUGCUGUGGCCUCACCCCGUUCAUGGACGCUGUCCAGUGUGGGCACAUUGGCGUGGCCAGGCUGCUGCUUGAGGAGCACAAGGCUUGUGCUUCUGCUGAAGACUGCCAGGGGGCCCAGGCCCUCCACAGGGCAGCCGUCACGGGCCAGAGCGAAGCCAUCAGAUUCCUGGUCUCUGAGCUGGGCAUCGACGUGGACGUGCGAGCCGUGUCCACACACCUCACGGCACUGCACUAUGCUGCACAGGAAGGCCACGUGAGCACGAUUCAGACGCUCUUAUCCCUGGGAGCCGACCUCAAUGCCAAGGAUGGAAGAAGUAGAUCAGCCCUGCACCUGGCCUGCGCCGGGCAGCAUGGACCCUGUGUGGACUUCCUCCUGCAGACCGGACUGCGGGACAGUCGAGACGAAGAGAGCACCCUGGCUCAGCAGCUCACUCAGAGAGCAGACAUCCUGCGCUCCUUCGACCGGGAGGCGGCAGCACCAGGCAGUGGCUGAGUCCAGCCUGCCCACCGACGCUCCCGGAGAAGCUGCCCAUGUGGGCACAGGAGGCAUGGGGCCCAGUCACGCUCCCAUGACCUGCAUUUCAUUUCUUCCCCCAAAGUGGAAUUAGGGGAUAUGGACAGGGUCAGCGCGUGGGAGCUCUCAGGAACGUGGAUCCUGUGUGGACAUGAUGAAGGAUAUAUAUUUAUGUGAGAUGUUGUAUAAUAAAUACAUAGUACGUCGAUGGUAGUAAAAAUGCAAUAAGUUACAAUUAGUUUGAGCCCUAAGACAUUUUUUUUUUCUUGGCUGCUAUAGUGAAAUAACUGAGCUCUAUAGAAAAGAAGGAAAUACUUGUACUGAGUACAGACUUUUACUUUCUACUUUUUGUUACUGAAUUACCAUGAGAUACAUAGUUACAAAGUUUCUGAUUCUUGGGUUUCACAGUGAGAUACAGUUACAAAGUUGUUGACAAGUGGGUUUCACAGUCAUACAAUGUUUCAACUCCAACCCUUCACCUGUGCACAUUUCCUUUUUUUUUUUUUCUUUUUCUUUUUUGGGCCACACCUG